CACUACUAAAAAAGAACAAGAUAGAAGAAAAGAGGGAAGAACAGUAACAGUUGUUCUGUAUAUUUCGCUAAACCUACCACUUCAAUCAGGUGGAAUCAUCUUCUAUCUUCUUCGCGAUUCAGUUGUUGUAGACGGUAACGAUGACAUCCUUGGGUACAUCGAAAGGUGUUUUGGAGAUUGCGAAGUUCGCGGUGUACGUUACGGUUCCGAUCGGGCUUAUGUAUUUCUUCGCCAAUAACACUAAGAAUCUUACCAAAUUCAUGGGUGCUCGUCAAUAUGUCGUGUACCCUCCGGAGGGACCAAGGCCACAAUCACCAGAGGAACUAAGAGAAAUGGCUCGGGAGAUAGCUCGCAAGCGAGGCACACAAUCAUGAGCCGUAAAGUUGUAAGCUUUUAGACAAUACCGUUUGCCUAAUAUCGCUAUUCCAUCAUGAACAUGUGCUCUAGUUCAUGUUAUCUGCUGUCAAAUUUCAAUAAAACGUGCAUCGGUUACUUUCAUGUAAUUCUGUUAUCUGAAAUCAUGUGGUUGUAAUCGACAAUUAUGGCAUUAACAUUUACAUAUCUAUGGUUAGUCAAGGUCAAAUGAUUAUGUGGUCCAGUUGCUGGCACAUAAGAUAAGAUGGGUGUGGAAACACGAAAUCCACACAAUUGUAUAUGAAUAUUGUGUGAAAAUGAAAGUAUUUAUUGUAGAUUUGAUGGA